AUGGCUGCCAAAUCAGCAACAAUGCCUUAUUUCAUCCUCUUUCUCGUCUUCGUCGGCACGACGAUGCCGACGGCCUCAUCGUUCGAUCUCAUCCCUGACAUCUUGAAGUGCUGGAAAGCCGCGACGGAGGUCGAACAAUGUGUGGUGAAGCUGAUUCCUUCUUUCCUCAAUUUGCACAUAAAUCUUAGCCAGGAUUGUUGCAAGGCUGUUGUGCACAUUGAAGAGAGUUGUCUUCCAUUUAUAUUCACUGUGCCGGUGUUAGGACCUGGGUUGGCAAACGUCACCUCGAGUAUUUGCGGUGCUUUCGCCGACCCACCUUCACCUCCGGCGGCGGCUUGA